AUGGCGCUUCCACCCUCUUCCGGCAUUUACUUCUUUCACAAAGAUGAUGUGCCUCCACCUGGCGAUCCAAUUUGCGACCUACGACGAGGCCAACCUCGGUUUGCGGGUGGUGUCGGUGUGAACGGCUUCUACGAGGUACCCGUAGUCAAUAGCCCCCAACGGGCCACACAACCGGACUCCAAUUUUCCACAGCCGGCGCCGCCGGAGCGACAGCAGGUCUUCCUCCCGAUUGUGCAGAUCUCGUUCCAAUGUCAAAUCCUCGCGACGAGCGCCAGGACAACACUAACACAAGUCUUCUACCACCCCGGGAGCCGGCCGAUCUCUGAAGCAACCUACACCUUCCCACUGUAUGCAAAUUGUUCUGUGGUCUCUUUCGUUUGCAGAGUUGGUAAUAGUAGAGUUAUCACCGGGGUCGUCAAGCCGAAGGAAGUCGCGAAACAAACGUAUGAGAGGGCUAACAGAAGCGGGAAAAUGGCGGGGCUGUUGGAGUACAACACCCCAGAUGUUUUCACCACGAGUAUUGGGAAUGUGCCAGCUGGCGUGAAG